AUGGAGGGCCUCCCCGAAGUCCCCACUCUGUUUCGCAGCCUUGAAGGUCGCCAAGCUUCUCAGGUACAUGUGGACGAUAUGAUGAUGACUGGCGACACCGAGCCCACCGACAAGGUUAUCGACACCCUCAAGGGCAAGUACGAGAUGAAAGUGCAAGGCCCGUUUGGCUCUCCCGGCGACGAGUGGAACUUCCUGAAUCGGCGGUACACCUUGGAGGAAGACCUCUCCAUCACGGUGCGGCCGGAUGCGCGCUUCUACAGUGACAUUUACGAGAUGCUUGGGCAACCGCGCGCCCGAUCCACUCCAGGGCCGGGCGGAGGCGACAGCUUGUUCAACGUUGACGCCACCAAGGCCAUCAGCGACAGCAACUUUGCCAAUGAUCGCGAGACCCGCAAGAGCUUAUCGUCAGGUCAAGUGUACGUCAACAACGCUUUGGUUUACAGCUUUGUGCGGAACCAAAAGGUCGUCACCCUCUCCAGUGGCGAGGCAGAACUGGUGGCAUUGACACAGACGGUCUCCGAGGCAGUGCUCAUAAAGAAGGCGUGGGCCUUUCUGGUGGACGGCCCAGUGGAAAUGAUAGCCCGCACUGACUCGAGCGUGGCCCGAGCAAUUGCACAGCGAGCUGGUGUGGGACGUGUGCGGCAUCUGCAAACCUCGUGCUUGUGGAUCCAGAUGUGGACAGCUUCAAAGGAGCUCAAAGUCCUGUCCAUUCCCACCGAGACCAAUCCAGCGGAUGCUGGAACAAAGGUACUCACUGGAGCACGCCUGAAGAAGCUCUGCGGCUUGAUGGGCAUGGUCGAUGGCAGCGGCAAUGCAAUCAAAGACGACAGCAACUACAAGCCAAAGUCUGGGAAAGCACUUAAGGUGCUGAUGAUGGUGCAGGCCCUUUUGGCAUCACAGCUUGAAGGGUGCGAUGGCGUGGACGACGCGGCCGCCUACACCUCCCUGGACUACCUCCUCGAGACCUUCUACGUUGUCGGCUACAUGCUCAACACGACUGCCGUGGGCUACUUGUACGUGCUCGGCGGCAUCACGGUGAUGGUUGUCGUCCUCUACCUCUUCUUCGGGGCACGUUGGAGGUUCACGUUUGUGCUGGAGAACCGCUCCUUCACCACAGGGCUUGGGCCGGGCUACGAGAGCACAGCUUCUACUUCCGAGGGGGCGUCUCCCAGCGCUUCAAGAGAAGACGCCGCCUACAACACCGAGGAUGCCCAGCCUACUUACGAGGACACCUUCAGCUACAGCAAGUUCGUCGAGCACUUCUUUGGCAAAGGCACCUGCGGCUUCCACUUCUUUGACUUCGACAACGCCGAGCUGGACACUGAGGUUUGGCUUGCUGGUGCCCGCGGCUACGCUUUUCACAG